GAAGAGAAAGAACAUCAUGUUCUAGAAGGGGGCGAGAGUUAAGUAUUUGAAUAGUCUUUGACUCGCCGGAUCUGUCUCUCGAGUCCCGGCGGUGUAAAACCCUAUUUCUUCCCUACUUUACGCCGCCGACUUAUGCUAUGAAGGCUUUCCAUCUCGACCGUGGAAACACUCUCUCUGUAUCUCUUUUCUCCGAUGUCACCAACUCCAAGGAGCUCUUGAAUUCGAUGCUAUAUGGAAGUUUGAAGCUGGAGGUAUCGUUUCUCAAUGCAUCACUUAUACCAGACAUUUUUCCUCUCUUAGCUGCUGCUCAGAAAGCACUUGUCUCCAAGUCUCGUGAUUCGUUAUCAACCAGAACUCUUCAUUCUGAGCUCGUGUACAAUUACUCGGGGUCUAAGCAUAUUACAGAAUCAUUGAAACGAUGUGGGAUUUCCGAAAACUCUACUUACAUUCUAGCUGCCCGGUUCAAUGCUUCUCCUGUUGAGAUGGAGGAGGUCGCGAAAUUGAUCAACGGGAAGGAAACUGAUAUGGAGGAGUUGAAGACGCAAGCAAAUGAAGCUCAUAUACUAAAGCAUUACAAGAUAACUAGCCAAGAACUCGGGAUUUCCUCUCUCGGAGAUGCGAUUGUUUGUCGGAUCGCUGCACGCGAUGCUUUGUAAAACAAGAGAUCUGUAUUUCGUUCUUUCUUUCUUGUUAGUGAUUUUUUUCCUUUACAAACAAAUUGGACACUUCGUAUGUAAUUCUUUGCAUCUUUCAGAACAAAGUUGGUUUUCUUAUUUUCUUAACCUCUUCUAUUUCCUCUCCUCGUGUAAUUUUAACUCAGAUA